AUGGCAAAGACGGCUCGCGCGGUUUCAGUUCUGCUUGCGGGAGUUUGCCUCUGCUGCCUCCCGGCCUUCGUGCCGGGGCCUGGUCGCUUUGCUCGCAGUGUGGCCCCUGCAGCUGUUGGGGCUGGGGCGCUGGGCAUGCUUGGCGCAGCUCCUGCCUACGCCGACAAGAUCGAUGAUGCCGCCAAAGUCCUCUCAGAGAAGUCCUAUCCUUUCCUGAAGGAGAUCGAUUGGACCUCGGACGUCUAUGCCAAGCUCCCCACGCAGCCUCCUCUGAAGGCGAUUGCCAACAUGGAUUCCAAAGGCGUGGCGACGCUGGCCGAUUACACCGCCAUCAACUGCCACCAUGCGAAUACCUCCUGGACUACCAGUCCUCGGUGGUGGCGGAGCCCACUUUUCGGCGACCAAAUUCGAAGGUCGUACCGGAUGCAAUGGGUUGUGGGAGCUCUUUGCAUCUCCUUGUGGUUCGGCUAUCUCCUUUCAGUUCGAUGCAGGCGACUUUGCCUGCAUGGGCGCGCUGAUGCUUUGCCGGGGCAAAGCGCUAAGCAUCUGAAGCGCCUCUUCACCUUUCGGAGAAUGAGGCAGAGAAGGAGGAAGAAAAGGCCCAAGCCCAAAGUUGGGCGCAAGCUUGUUGCCAUUUGUGCCUUGCCGGUAGGCGGGCAACGAGUACCUGGGCGGCAACGCAGGCGGUGGAUGGGCUACACCUGUGGCCCUCGAGUUGGUGCACAUGGCUUGUUUGUCUAUGUGCCGGGCAAGCUGGCUGAUUGGGGCGCGGCUGGUCAUGGACGAGCUCGGCGUGUUCGCGGACCUCCAGGUGCAGCUGCUGGUGUCCUUCCAUGGGACAUGGUGGAUACUCCUUGUGGGCCUGUGCCUUGGGCUCAGUUCUGUCGAGGUGGUGGCCGAGAUGCUGACAAUGCUGUGCUGGAAGGUCUUCAAGAGUUCCUGGGCCGUUUUCGGCACGUGCCUGUUCAGGGAGACAGUCAAGCAGAGGCCAAGGGCUCUGGCAAAGACAAAGGCAAGCGCGGCAAGGGCGAAGGUGGCAAACCUGCUUUCUCCUCUUCGUCUACUACCCCUUUGGAGGCCAAUGCUGGCAAUAAGGGCAAAGGGCAAGGUGGUUCCAUCAGAAAUGAGGGUGAACUCCUGGCCGAGUUGGAGUUGGAGAAGUUGGUGGCUCGGGCCAAGCAGAACCCCAGCACCUUACUUGAAGACCUUCAGGGUCUGGCUCGACGGGCAUCGGCUGGCUAUGGUUCUGGGCGAGCUGCACGUCUCCAUAGGGCUACGCUGGCCAAGCAAGCUGCAGAAGGCCAUGGGACAGUGGACAAGCAACCUGUCAAGCAUGUGGAGCCGGAAUUCUGUCGGCCUGUGGGCGGAGAUGAGGAUGGCAAUGCUCCUUGGACUGUGGUUGCUAAGCGUCGUGUGCAGGACAAUGAGCAGCUUCCGGUUCAAAACUGGAUAGUGGAUCCCUUGGCUGGUGGCGUGGUUUCCUCUGCUCUAGCCGUCAAGCGGAUUUCUGAUGGCCUGCCUCUGCAAGCCACUUUGGUGGUGGCUCAUACCCAGUCCGAGGUGGACAAGCUGAUCUCCUUGGCCCGAGCCCAUGGCAUCACUGACAAGGUUGCGGUGGUAUGCAGGUUCACUCCGGAUGGCAAGGCGGGAACCAUGCAAUUGCCAUCAGUUGGUCCGUGA